UGUCCAUCAAAGCUCUUUUUUAUCUUCGUUUUCAAUUCUUGAGAGAGGAGAGAGAGGAGCAUCCCAGAAAACGACAUUCCGUUUAAAUGGAUUCUUUUCUCCAGAUCGAGAUGAGGAGGAUGAAGAUAAUCAUGGGGUUUUGAUUUCUCAGGCCUAGUCGGCGAAAAAAAAUCCGCGGAAAUCUCCAUUUUUCAUUCCGUAAUCUCAUUGUUCGUGAUCUCUGGGUUGUUCUGUUCUUUUCUGCGGAACUUCUGGAUUGCUGGUGCGGCUGAUUCCGGUUGGAACGGUUGUUUCGGGUUCCUCCUCUCCCAUUUGAAUCUGCGUUUGGGUUGAGAUUUGUAAUUAGGGUUUCGUUGCUAUUGAUGGAAUCACGCGUGGGAAAUAAGUUUCGGCUUGGCCGGAAGAUCGGUAGCGGUUCGUUUGGGGAGAUCUAUCUCGGUACUAACAUUCAAACGAAUGAAGAAGUGGCGAUCAAGCUUGAAAAUGUGAAGACAAAACAUCCACAGCUGCUCUAUGAAUCGAAGUUAUAUAGGAUUCUACAAGGAGGAACUGGUGUUCCAAAUGUCAAAUGGUUCGGUGUUGAAGGGGACUACAAUGUUUUGGUGAUGGAUUUGCUAGGACCGAGUCUUGAAGAUCUGUUCAAUUUCUGUAGCAGGAAACUUUCCUUAAAGUCGGUCCUCAUGCUUGCAGAUCAAAUGAUAAACCGUGUUGAGUUCUUCCAUUCAAAAUCCUUCCUUCACCGAGAUCUAAAGCCAGACAAUUUCCUGAUGGGCCUUGGAAGGCGAGCCAACCAGGUAUACAUUAUCGACUUUGGUCUUGCUAAAAAGUACAGGGAUAGUACAACACAUCAGCACAUUCCCUACAGAGAAAAUAAGAACCUGACAGGAACUGCACGAUAUGCUAGUAUGAACACCCACUUGGGAAUUGAACAAAGCCGAAGGGAUGAUCUCGAGUCUCUUGGUUACAUCCUUAUGUAUUUCCUCAAAGGAAGUCUUCCCUGGCAAGGACUGAAAGCUGGAACCAAAAAACAAAAGUAUGAGAGAAUUAGCGAAAAGAAAGUUUCUACAUCCAUUGAGGCCUUAUGCCGUGGUUACCCAUCCGAAUUUGCAUCUUAUUUCCACUACUGUCGGUCGCUUCGUUUUGAUGAUAAACCAGAUUACGCUUAUCUCAAAAGGAUAUUUCGAGAUCUCUUUAUCCGUGAAGGGUUUCAAUUUGAUUACGUGUUUGACUGGACUAUCUUGAAGUAUCAACAAUCAAAACUAACUGCUCCCCCAUCUCGUUCCCUUAAUCCUGCGGUUGGAACUAGCGCAGCGUUGCCUCCGGGCAUUUCCAACAUCGAUAGAUACACUGGCGAGGAAGAAGGGAGACCGGUUGGUUUCUCACAUACAGAAUCAUCUCGACGGAGAGUUUCAGGCGCUCUUGACAACUCCGGGAAUCUUUCGAACCAACAGACAUCCUCAAUUACUAGAGACUCCAUGCAGAUCCCGAGCUCUUCAUUGUUUGCACAAUCAGCAGGAUCAUCGAGGAGAGUAACGGCAGUGAGUAGCAGCCGAGACAAUUACGUUGGCGGCGAGGAGUUGCAGAGAAGCCGUACAGGUGAUGUUAGCCGCGGAGGCAUGAUCCCAAGGAACUCUCCGGUGGAGGCGGCGAAGAGGUCUUCUUCCUCCACAAGAAGACAAUACGAAUCAGCCAUUAAAGGCAUCGAUACUCUUCAAGUCUCCGACGACAAAACUCAUCACCACCACUAAUACAAUAAUUGUGUACUUGCCCGUAUUGGUCAACGACCUCACAAGUUUCUUGUAUGUUUUUUUGUCUUCUAAAAAGAAGUUAACAACACUACCAAAAUUUAAGUACAGUUGAGUUGAGUUGACUUGAUUGUCUCUUAACUAACGAUGUCGUAUCAUUAGUGAAAGUAAUAGUAAAUAUCCGGAA